AUGGGGAAGGACCAGGAACUGCUGGAAGCUGCUCGCACUGGGAAUGUGGCUCUGGUGGAGAAACUCCUCUCUGGGAGGAAAGGAGGGAUCCUGGGCAGUGGAUCUGGAGCUAUUCCCUUAUCCAGCUUACUGAGCAUCUGGCGAGGACCCAAUAUAAACUGCACAGACAGUUCAGGUUAUACUGCUUUACAUCAUGCAGCUUUAAAUGGACACAAGGAUAUAGUUCUCAAAUUACUUCAGUAUGAAGCAUCAACGAAUGUGGCAGAUAAUAAAGGUUAUUUUCCUAUUCACUUGGCUGCUUGGAGAGGAGAUGUAGACAUUGUGAAGAUUCUCAUCCAUCAUGGGCCAUCACACUCCAGAGUGAAUGAACAGAACAAUGAAAAUGAAACAGCACUGCAUUGUGCCGCUCAAUAUGGUCAUUCAGAAGUAGUUGCUGUUCUGUUAGAAGAGCUAACAGACCCAACAAUAAGGAACAACAAACUAGAAACACCUCUGGAUCUGGCAGCACUUUAUGGACGUCUGCGUGUUGUAAAAAUGAUCAUCAAAGCAUAUCCAAACCUGAUGAACUGUAAUACAAGAAAACACACUCCUUUGCAUCUCGCUGCACGUAAUGGCCACAAAGCUGUUGUACAGGUGCUUCUGGAGGCUGGAAUGGAUGUCAGCUGCCAAACAGAAAAAGGGAGCGCACUACAUGAAGCAGCCCUAUUUGGAAAGGUGGAGGUGGUACGCAUUUUGCUUGAAACAGGAAUUGAUACCAACAUAAAGGACAGUUUGGGUAGAACGGUUUUAGAUAUUCUUAAAGAACAUCCAUCUCAGCAGUCACUGCAAAUUGUGGCUCUACUUCAAGACUAUAUGGAAACAGGAAAUGCAAGUAUUUCAGAGGAGCGCCCACUGGAAUGCGCAGAACAUCAGUCUUGCAUUUUGUCCCCAGAAGUUCCUCCGUCUCCAAAGGCUAAAAGUGAAGCUGUGACUGGAGAAUUAUCAAAGCUCUUAGAUGAAAUCAAAUUGUGCCAAGAAAAGGAAUACUCUUUUGAAGAUCUGUCUCAUACAAUAUCAGACCAUUAUCUGGACAAUUUUAGUAAAGUAUCAGAGGAAGAACUUAUGACCAGUGGAAGCCAAACCAAGCUUAAUGUAAGGCCUUCUUCAACAUGUUUAUCACCAAGAGAGGAAGAAGAUGAUGACGCAGGUGAAAAUACUUGUGGUCCUUCAGGUUUAUGGGAGGCAUUGACACCUUGUAAUGGUUGCAGGAACCUCGGAUUUCCCAUGCUUGCACAGGAAUCUUAUUCAAAGAAGAGAGUUUAUGCAUUGGAAGCAAUACCCUCAGUACCUCUGGAUGCAGUUCCUUCAGAAAAUGACAGCAGUCUUUGUGAUUCGAUAGACAUAGCAGUGACCAAAAAACCUUGUUCCCUAGAGAUAGCAAGAGUACCUUCCUCAAGACCAGAUAAUGCACCUCAGGUAGCAGUUACCGCACCAGGAUCUGGUAACCAUAGAAACAGCUCGACAGGCCCAACACCUGACUGCUCUCCUCCAUCACCAGACACUGCACUUAAAAAUAUAGUGAAAGUUAUACGUCCUCAGCCCAAGCAGCGCACAUCAAUAGUAUCUUCUCUGGAAUUUCACCGAAUGAAUCACAGCCACAAUUAUUUUGAAAUCAACUCGUCCAUUGGCUGUACAAGUUUUAUUUCUACUCCUGCAAUCAGUCCAGCUAAUUAUUCCUUUGGAUCUCUGGAAUACAAAAACACUGGAAGAAUCAGUGUUAUUUCAAAGCAAGUUGAUCCUGAACCCCCACAGCAAUUUUUAGCUGGGCAGUUUGCAGGUUUGCUUCAUGGAUCAUCACCUGCAUGUGACCCACCUGAUAAUCCACUCCAGCUCUACAGCAAAGCAAACCAAUGCAGUGGUCCACUAGAGAAAAGCAUUUUGAGCAAGAGCACCGUGCAGCAGAUACAGCUACGGAAAGAAAGCAACGCUGAUCCUCCUGUUAAGAAAAAAAAGCCACCAGUUGUAAACAGAACCAUAUUUCAUACUAAAACUAAACCAGUAGAAAAUCAUACAUUGGUUGGCACAUCAGCAAGGAUAAGUGAACAGUGGGUUAUUACUACUGGGGGAUUUGUGGAGCGAGCAUGCACACUUGGGAGAAUACGAUCCUUACCAAAGACUUUGCUUGAAAUGCAUUUGUGCAAAAAUGUUUCAAAAUCUGAUUCUAAUCUUAUCACCCAUCCACCAAAUGACAAAAAAGCAAGAAGCAACUGGAGUGAACCCACACCAAACCAACAGUGCUCCAAAGGGAAUUCGGAGAGAACACCUUCCUUCACAUCAGAAUGGGAAGAAAUUGAUAAAAUCAUGAGUUCAAUAGAUGCUGGAAUUAAUACUGGACUGGGGGAGAUGAAUGAUCACACUACAAGACCCCGAUGCCCUGUCCAGACAGUGGGACAAUGGUUGGAAAAUAUUGGGCUACCUCAGUAUGAAAACCACUUGCUGGCUAAUGGAUUUGACAAUGUGCAAUUUAUGGGAAGCAAUGUAAUGGAGGACCAGGAUCUCUUGGAAAUAGGAAUACUUAACUCUGGACACAGACAGAGAAUACUCCAAGCAAUCCAGCUUCUCCCAAAGAUGAAGCAGAUUGGUCAUGAUGGCUACAACCCCACCUCUGUAGCUGAAUGGCUGGAUUCCAUUGAACUGGGUGACUAUACCAAAUCCUUUCUAAUUAACGGCUAUACAUCGAUGGACCUUGUGAAAAAAAUCUGGGAGAUUGAAUUAAUUAAUGUCUUAAAAAUUAGCUUGAUUGGCCACCGGAAGCGCGUUCUGGCAUCUUUGGGAGACAGGCUUCACGAAGAUCCGCCUCAGAAACCACCUCGGUCAAUAACCCUCAGGGAACCCAGCGGUAACCACACUCCUCCUCAGUUGUCUCCAUCACUUAGCCAAAGCACUUUCACUACUGGUGGCUCCCUGGACGUUCCCCACAUUAUCAUGCAGGGCGAUGCAAGGAGAAGAAGAAAUGAAAACUAUUUUGAUGAUAUUCCCCGGUCAAAGCUGGAGAGACAGAUGGCACAGACAGGAGACUGGGGAGAGCCUUCAAUUACCUUGCGACCUCCAAAUGAAGCCACAGCAUCAACGCCUGUACAAUAUUGGCAACAUCAUCCAGAGAAACUUAUCUUCCAAUCAUGCGAUUAUAAAGCAUUUUAUUUAGGUUCUAUGCUGGUAAAAGAGUUAAGAGGCACAGAGUCAACACAGGAUGCGUGUGCAAAGAUGAGGAAGCGGUGGGAGAAGUCUACAGAACAAAUGAAGAAAGUACCAACCAUUGUCCUGUCUGUCUCUUACAAGGGAGUGAAAUUUAUUGAUGCAACAAAUAAGAAUAUUAUUGCUGAACAUGAAAUCCGUAACAUUUCCUGUGCUGCACAAGACCCUGAAGACCUUUCUACAUUUGCGUACAUCACUAAAGACUUGAAGACUAAUCAUCACUACUGCCAUGUAUUCACUGCGUUUGAUGUGAAUUUAGCUUACGAAAUCAUUCUUACACUAGGACAAGCAUUUGAGGUGGCCUAUCAGCUUGCACUACAAGCACGAAAAGGGGGCCAUUCUUCAACCCUCCCAGAAAGCUUUGAAAAUAAACCCUCCAAGCCUAUUCCCAAACCACGUGUUAGUAUUCGGAAGUCAGUGCAGAUAGAUCCAUCUGAACAAAAGACUCUUGCGAAUCUACCAUGGAUUGUUGAACCUGGACAAGAAGCCAAAAGAGGCAUUAAUACCAAGUAUGAAACUACAAUUUUCUGAUACAAAACUGUCCCCCUGUUCCUUGUUGUGCCUUGCACGCCAAGCAGUCACAGCACAGCCUUUCCUUUAUGGCAACGUUUCAAUCCAGCAGAGAGGAAGACUGCACUGUAUGAGUGGCCUUGUAACUAACAAAAAAGGCUGACAGUCAUUUCUGGUGAUGUUCUUCUUCCUGCAGCACUGACAGAAGAAUGACACUAUAUGAAGACUUUUGAAAUUACAGUCCACAAGAGGAGUGAGAAACCUUAUUUUUCACGCAGUUCUCCCUUGUGACUCUGCCACAGUGCUUUCUUUGAUUUCUUAUUUUAGAAUUCUACUUUUUAAAAGAAACAAAAGGUCUCUAAACUAACACUAAUGCUGCCUAUGAGUAAAAUAUUUGAUUGGUUUUUUAUUUAAAUCUUGGCAGUUUUUAAUUGAAAUAGAACCAGAAUUAAUAAGUAGAGUAUUUGUGAAACCACUGAACUCAUUAAUAAUUACUGUGUUGAAAUAAGACCUCAUUAAAGUGACAAGAAAUUAGGCACCCUGAUUUCUGUGUGCGCUGGUUUUAUAUGUAAUCAUUGGUGUCCUUUGAUCCUCUACAGAAAUAGGAACCUCUUGCAUUGUAACAAAGGAUCAGAGUUUUAUGAAUGGUUAGAAAAAGGUAUUAAUAAUGCACAGAAAACAUUUAUUAGAUAUUUUUAUGGAAGAGAAGUACUAUAGGAAAACAUAUGAAUAUUUAUGGAAGGAAGCCAGAUUAAUUAUGACAAAUAUUGUUUAUUUUAAAGUUAAGUAAACCACUGCUAUUGCAGCAUUAUGAAAAUCAUAAAAGUUGUAGCAUCAGUGCACUGGAUGUUCCAUGUGAUCAGUAUGGAAUGAAAGUGGAAUGGUCAUUCUACUACACCUACGUAUAGUUUAUGCAGUUCAACAUUGCUAUAGCCAUGAAUUCUACUAGUAUUUUUAAAAAAAUAAUCUCAGUGGUUCUAAAAAAAAGUCAAAACCAUGGAUUUUGCUAUCAAGAUUUCUGUCACAGAAAGCUUGUUUGGAAGAGUGUUGAUAAAAUUCUACUGCAAAACAUUUUCUAAGUAAAAAUAGCGAGAAAAAGAAAAAAAUUCCAAAGUAAUAAAAAUGUUUUCAUGGAACAAAAUAGUUAGCAUUUGCUUACUAUUUGAUUAAAUAAGAUUUACUUACAUUUUCUUUGAAGUGUUUUAAUUUUUUUAAUGUCUGUGGAGUAUUUGUAUAAUACCAUGAUGUAUAUUUAUGUAGAACUGAAAUUAUAACAGUACAAAUAUCACUAUAGGAGAAAAAUGACAUUUUAACGUAUAUUGUUCUAUCCAGUCAAAUUGUGAAUCAUUUUGAAGUUCAUUAUAGAGAUAUUGAUAAA